AUGCAGAUUGCCAGCCAGGAAAUGGUGGCUAUCGUAGGUCCUUCGGGCGCCGGGAAAAGCACGCUGCUGCAUCUGAUAGGCGGUCUGGACCGGCCGACGCAGGGCCGUAUCUGUUGUGCCGGGGUCGACCUGAGUCGUCGUGUUGGUUUCGUCUUUCAGUUCCACCACCUCUUGCCCGAGUUUUCAGCUUUGGAAAAUACCAUGAUGCCUGCCCUCAUCCAGCGACGACCCAAGCAAGAGGUAGAACACCAGGCGCGCCAGCUCUUGGCCAGCGUUGGGUUGGCUGAUCGACUCCACCACCGGCCCGGCGCGCUUUCCGGCGGCGAGCAGCAGCGGGUUGCAGUCGCCAGAGCCCUUAUCAACAACCCAGACGUUUUGUUAGCCGAUGAGCCCACCGGGAAUCUUGACCGUGCCACCGGUCAGACGAUACAAACGCUUCUGCGUCAACUGAAUCAAGAAUUGGGGCAAACGUUCGUCAUUGUGACGCACGACCAGAAAUUUGCUGCACACAUGGACCGGGUGAUAUCCCUUGUUGAUGGCAAAGUCAGCGCAGCCUGA